AUGACUCGAAUUCAGCCGCUCCGAGUGCGGAGAGACAUCCGGAAGCUCGAGGCAGAUUGGAGACGUGGCGUAGAGGAACCAUCUUUAGAAGGGGCUGCAGAUUUGAAGAAACCUCUGGAGGAUCUCAUACGCGCGUUCAAAGGGAUUCAAGAGCUUCCGCCAAACCAUCCGAGGUCGUAUUUCCGCAUCACAAGUUAUCAUGGGGAGCCAUUUCGUGGAGCUGGACGGAGUGACGCGCGAUACUGGGGUGGUUACUGCAACCAUGGAAACGUUUUGUUUCCUGUCUGGCAUCGAGCCUAUCUCCUUGAGCUUGAAAAUGCGCUCCGAUCGAUCGAGGGCUGCGAACAAGUCACAUUGCCGUACUGGAAUGAAGUCGACGAAGUGACCGAGAAGAACGGCCUUCCCGGCGUGUUUCUGAUGCGCAAAUUCCCACUAGACGGCACCGAGAUCCAUAAUCCAUUGUUCUCUUACAAAUUCCAGGCUCGUAUUCGUAACAAUAUACAAACGAAGCCUGGUCAUAGCUAUGACAAGGAUGAGGGAUACGAGACCGUACGAUAUCCUUUCUCCGGGCUGGUGGGAGAAAGAGAUAGGGCAGCGACUACGGAGCACAACUCUAGGAUGAGGGCUAGAGGCGAAGAGUCUACGAAUCGCGCGUUGAACGAGAACGUGGUCAACUGGCUGGGUGGGUCAGUAAGAAAUUGGGUUGACGAGAAUGUAUAUACGGGAGUUCGCCUCAAGUUCGAGAGAUGUCUUGAGGCGCCAAACUAUACGGUGUUCUCGAACACAACCUCCUCGAGUAAAUGGAACGAGGAUCAUUUCGACACCUCCAAGUCAAGUACGCAAAGGACCUUCGACGGAAGCGAGACCACAAUCGCCGUCUCACUUGAAGACCCUCAUAAUGGAAUUCAUCUUGCCAUUGGAGGAUUCGAGUUUUUGGGAAAGCGAAAUGUAAAUGCCAUUGCGGGCGCCAACGGCGACAUGGGCGAAAAUAACACUGCAUCGUUUGAUCCUAUUUUCUUCUUCCAUCACUCAUUUAUCGAUUUACUCUUCUGGCAAUGGCAAAAACGCCACGAUCGACUCGAUUUUCUCGAUAUCAUCGAUGGCUACGCCGGAACUACGUCUAAUGAUGAGCAAGGGCCCACGGCUGGGACACCAGAUAAUGCAUGGCUGAAUAUGAAAUUUCCCCUGCAACCUUUCAAGGCCUGGAAGUAUGCCCCUUGUCAGGGUGACAUACCUGAACAUAUGCAGCAUCGUGACGUGAUGGCGAGUGUAGAGCGUCCCUUACAGGAGGUUGAAGGAGUGUUAGCUCCAUCAACAUGGAAUAUAAGUACAGGGUUGCCUCCGCCGAUUCCGUACGAAUGGCCCAUCCGUACAUGGCCACCACACAGCUGGCCUCCUUCUGAAUGGCCUCCCUCUAAUUGGCCCCACGAAGUAUCUGUCACAGGGGAAGAUAUGGUGAACAUCAUCAAACUCGGUUACACCUAUGAGGAACCACCCAUAAGCUCGGCAUUCAAAUCAGCAGCUCAAGAGAAUCAAAAUCCAGCAGUGAAUCAGCCAACACCUGUACUAAAAGUCCCUGAUGUUAGCCGCGCAGGUAUCGCGGGUUCUUUUAUGAUCUCCACAUGGGCUCAUGGCAAGCUUUUAGAUCUUACUCCUGUACUCAGCCGAUGGAACGUGCGCGGAUGUGCAAAUUGUUUGACGCAUUUGACUGUGCGGACGUUCGUGCCACUCCAUGGUUGGACCAUAGAAGAUGCGAGGAAGACCACCUUCACCUAUCGCAUCCAUUUGAGAGAGGUGCACAACAAGGAUAGGAGUCAACGACGAGAUACUACGAGGAACUCAAACUUUGAGGGCAAGAUAGGCUUUAUCGUCAAUAAGCAUCAUGAGAAGCUUGUGCAGUCAUCCAACGCGACAGGACGUUUGCCACACACCGGUCAGAGAGCUUUAAUUCGUGCAAUGUUCUGA